AUGCAAUGUCAAUUGAGAUAUAAAGUAGAUGUAUCGACUGCAAAUGCCGGCAAAAAUUCACAUCUGCAACGAAUUUCUAAUGGAGUAACUGUUCCAGUGGUACAAGAUAAUUCUAUCAAACAACAUCAACCAGUCAG